AUGUCAAGUCAAGAAGUGGGCGCCAACGCCUUCUCCUGGGUCGUUGCCUCUCGGCCAAGCUCGGCAGUGUCCCAGGCUCCGGAAAGGGGGCCAGAGGAAGAGCGGAAUCGGAGAGGCCGAGGUGGCCGUAGGGGCGGCAGAGACAGCGACUGGAGGGACCCCUCCAACCUCCAGCAACCUGUGGCCGAUGGUUCCUGGGAACCGCCGCUCUGCUUUGGAUUGAAGAACGAUUGGGUCGGCGUGGUGAUUGGUCGUGGUGGGUCAAAAAUAAAAGACAUCCAAAGUACAACAAACACCAAAAUACAGGUAAUAAAAGGGUGUCCUGAAGCCGAAAUCAAAAUUUUUGGUAGCAAGGCAAUGCAGAAAAAAGCAAAAGCAGUGAUAGAUAAUCUUGUUAAAAAACAACAAAAUUAUAACUCACAACCCAGAGUUGAUGUUGUUGCAUCCCAACCUUCUGCUCAAAGAGACGUAAGGGCUGAUGACAGUGUUGUUACAGAAGAUCCGCCACUGCUAAUUGAUUGGGAUCAAAUUCGAGAAGAUGCUUUGAAAUGGGAGGAAAAAAAGUGGGCAGAUUUACCCCCAAUUAAGAAAAACUUUUAUGUGGAGUCGGAAACAACAAGGUCUAUGUCACAAGCACAAGUAGACCUUUGGAGGAAAGAAAAUUACAAUAUAGUGUGUGAUGACUUGAAAGAUGGAGAGAAACGUCCUAUCCCCAAUCCUACUUGUACAUUUGAGGAUGUUUUUGAAUGUUAUCCUGAAGUUAUGGAAAACAUUAAAAAGGCAGGUUUUCAAAAGCCAACACCAAUUCAGUCACAGGCAUGGCCGAUAGUUCUACAAGGAAUAGAUCUUAUAGGAGUGGCCCAAACCGGAACAGGGAAGACACUGUCCUACUUAAUGCCUGGACUUAUCCACCUUGACUCUCAACCAGUAGCUAGAGACAAAAGGAAUAGACCUGGCAUGUUAGUCCUUACACCCACUCGAGAACUAGCUCUUCAAGUGCAAGCUGAAUGUUCUAAGUAUUCAUAUAAAGGUCUUAAAAAUGUUUGUAUAUAUGGCGGUGGAGAUAGAAAUGGACAAAUACAAGAUCUGACAAAAGGUGUAGAUAUCAUUAUUGCAACUCCUGGAAGACUGAAUGAUCUGCAAAUGAAUAACUUUGUCAACCUGAAAAGUAUAACCUACUUGGUAUUAGAUGAAGCCGACAAGAUGCUGGAUAUGGGAUUUGAACCCCAGAUAAUGAAGAUUUUACUAGAUGUGCGCCCAGACAGGCAGACUAUUAUGACAAGUGCAACAUGGCCAUAUGAGGUCCGUCGACUUGCACAAUCUUAUUUGAAAGAGCCAAUGAUUGUAUAUGUUGGUACUUUGGAUCUUGUUGCUGUAAGUACUGUGAAGCAAAAUAUAAUUGUCACCACAGAAGAAGAGAAACGAUCUCAUAUCCAAACUUUCCUGGAGAGCAUGUCUCCCAAAGACAAAGUCAUAGUGUUUGUCAGCAGAAAAGCUGUUGCUGAUCACUUAUCCAGUGACCUGAUUCUCCGACAUGUCUCAGUAGAGUCUCUGCAUGGUAACAGAGAACAAAGCGAUCGAGAGAAAGCACUAGAAAACUUUAAAACAGGUAAAGUGAGAAUACUGAUUGCUACUGACCUGGCAUCUCGAGGUCUCGAUGUCCAUGAUGUCACACAUGUCUAUAACUAUGACUUUCCCCGGAACAUAGAAGAGUAUGUGCACAGAGUAGGACGCACUGGAAGAGCUGGGAGGACUGGAGUUUCAAUUACCCUUAUCACUAGAAGUGAUUGGAGGGUUGCCAAUGAAUUAAUUAACAUUCUGGAAAGAGCAAAUCAGAGUAUCCCAGAGGAGCUUGUGUCGAUGGCUGAGAGAUACAAGGCAAAUAAACUGAAAAAAGAAGUGGAAAAAAAAUUGGGAAGACCCCAAGGAAAACCCAAGAAGUUUUAUUAUUAA